GCGGCCGCCGGGGGCGCUGUAGUGCGCAGGCGCGGCCUGGGAGCCGCGCUGACCUUCGACGCCACGCUCCUUCCGCUUUCCCGGCAGGCCCCUCGAGGCGCCUGCGCAGUCAGUGACCUUCUAGAGUGCGCUGGGUACAGUGCGGCCUAGACGGUUGAUCCUGCCGAGAUGCUGCAAAGCCUAAUUAAAAAUGUCUGGGUCCCUAUGAAGCCAUACUAUACCCAAGUCUACCAGGAGAUUUGGGUAGGAAUGGGGUUGAUGAGCUUCAUUGUUUAUAAAAUCAGAAGCGCUGAUAAAAGAAAUAAAGCCCUAAAAGGUUCGAGUCCUGCGCCCGCUCAUGGUCAUCAUUAACAGCGCUCCCCAGUGCACAAGGUCUGCCUGUAAAUUUCAGCAGAAUGUCGCUGUACUGUCUUGAAUAAAUGCACAGUGCGAUGCACCCCCGCUCGGCACUGUUUCCUGUGUCCCCUGCCAUACCCUUUGUGUGGGGCAGCGGUCCUCACGGCCUCGCCCACCACCUUCCUGCAGGAGCCUCAGGAAUGAGGAGCCAGACGCAGCUGCUCACCACGGGGCAGGUGCCCGGUCCAGGCGCUCAGUCGGGUUCCGAUGUUCAAUAAAUGUCCCUUUAACGAA